GGAUGGUGUCAUACUGCUACCCUUUGGGACCAUGCUGCUGAUUCAUUGUCAUAUUCUUUUUUCCUCUUUUUGAAAAAAUUGAGUGGUCUUCUGAUGUGGUAACAUGUUGUUCAGGAAUUGGAUUGGCAUAACCAUGACUUAAAAUUAUUGAGGGAGUUCUGCGACAUGGUUUCAACAGAAACGAACCCUCCUAUUGAAGAAGUGAUGCCAGGUGUUGCCCUCUGUGUUUUAUUCCUCAACCCGAUGUUCCCUCCAGCGUUUAAUUUUGAAGCUUCCUGGGCUCUGGCAAAUGUUGCAUCUAUGACUCAUGGUCAUGCUAAAUUGGUAAUUGAUAGCAAAGCUGUUCCAGUGUUUUUAGAUCUCCUCAUAUCUGCUAGUUAUGAAGUUCGUGAACAGGCUGUACGGGCAUUGGGUAACAUUGCCGGUGACUCUCGUGAGUCUCGUCUUCUUCUUCUGGAAGAAGAUGCUUUGGAUCGACUACUGGAACAAGGAAAUUACAAAUCAACACUUAGGAUGCUGAGAUAUGUGGCAAUGGCAUUGUUUAACUUUUCUCUGGGCGAUCCUCCGCUUCCAUUUCAUCUGGUGCCUCCAGUCCUUUCGUCUCUUCAGUAUCUUGUUUACGUUGAGGACCAGGAUGUGAUCUCAUAUUCAUGUGGGGCUCUGGCAUAUCUUCUUGAUGGCUCAAUUGAUAAAAUCCAACGUGAAAUUAAUCCCGGUCUCUAUCCACGACUUGUGGAGCUACUCAUGCAUCCAUUGCUUCGGGUGCAAAUUGCUGCUCUUCGUUCUGUCAGGAUUAUUGCGCGUGGAGAUAAUGUUCGGAGACAGUAUAUAAUUGACCAGGGGGCUCUUCUUUCUUUACGAAGCCUGUUGACUCAUGAUAAUACAACCAUCAAGAAUGAAGCAUGCCUGAUCAUCUCUGCUAUUACUGCUGGAAAUGAGAAUCAGAAUCAGGAGGUGAUUGAUGCCAGGUUGAUUGAACCUUUGUUUUCUUUGCUACAAAGUGGAGAACCUGAUAUUAGCGAGAAAGCUGGGAAGGCUGUUUUAAAAGUCAUCUCCAGGGGAAAUCAUUAUGGAAUCAAGGGUUUGCAGAACUGUGUACAGCAAUUAUGUGAUCUUCUCCUGUCCCCUGAUCCUAUGAUUCUUGAAGUUGGUCUAAAGGGGAUUGCGAGCAUAAGUAAGCCCAGUGAAGCGGAAAAGUGUUCGGAAGACUUCAAUUUCUUGGUCAAAUUGAUUGAUGAAGCUGGAGGCUUGGAUAAGAUCGAAGACUUGAAGAUGCAUGAAAACUGUGAAAUCAGUAAAAAAGCAAAGGAGAUAUGGAAGCCAUUGUAUAGUGAGGCACUGAAAGUAUGGAAAUAUUUUGAAGAUCUGGGAGACUUAUUUGUUUGA